UCCAAUACUGUUGCAGGAACUGGGAGAUGAAGUCCUCCAGGCUGUUGAUAUCUCGCAUCCGGCUCUGGAAAAACAUCAGCGGCUCGCCAAGUAGUAGACUGGACAGUUGGAAGCGCCAUACUAACCAAGAGAUUGGUGGUUGCGGAUGGCGGUUGACUGGCGAUAUCGGAUGGCGAUUGGGUGGCGGCACUCUCCGUUCCUUCGGCGGCGCUUGGGGCGAUCUGCGAAGACGCCGGUACCGGGUUGGACGCCCUCACUCCCUCAUCUCCCUCAGCUGGACUCUCAUCGGAAUUAAUCGCAUCGACGACGUUAUCAAUCUUCGUAGAAGACAAUUGGGCUAAGUUUUGCGGGUCGAAACUGAUGGAGCAUAUGCUGCCUCCCUCUCUCUCUCGUGGGGUCUCCGCUGCAUCGUCCUGGGGCUGUUGAUUUGCCGGUGUCGUGGCUACAUAGUUUUGGGGAUGUUCGCUGAAGUAGGAAAUUUGCGAGUUAGCCGGCGACUGGUUCAUGGUGACGUUAUUAUGGAAUACUUCGAGUAAAUAGCCAAGUGUGUUGCCAAGUCUCAGGAAUAUUAAAAUGGAUUCAGUGAUAGU